GUUCCUGUCCUGCAAAGCAACAAUGGCCCCGGGCUGAGGGGGCUGAUGACCAUCGCUGCCCACCUGGUCAGGCAGGCUAGGAAGGAGCAGCUGCUGGGCAGCACUGCUGAGGAGAAGGCUGUGGUGCAGCAGUGGCUGGAGUACAGGGUGACCCGGGUCAAUGGAGGCUCCAGCAAGGAGGAUACCAGAACAAUUCUGAAGGAUCUUAACAUGCACCUUGAAGAUAAAGUCUACCUUGCAGGAAACAUUUUUACCUUAGCAGACAUUUUGAUGUACUAUGGAUUGCAUCAUAUCAUGGUGGACCUCACAGUGCAAGAAAAGGAGAAAUACCUUAACGUGUCCCGUUGGUUCAACCACAUCCAGCAUUACCCCGGUGUCCGACAGCAUCUGUCUGAUGUCGUCUUUAUCAAGAACAGAUUAUACACUAAUGCUCAUUAAGGCAGAUCUUAAUGUUGUGUUGGAAUGAGGUGAGGGAGUUCAGAAGUUGUGCUGUCCAAAGCCACUCACCUGCAAAUACUGUUUUGUAACCUUCUGUAUGUGAACCGAAACUGUCAAUGCCUCAAGUCAUACAACUGCAUUGAAUUGCUGUUGUUCAUUCAAGAGUUUGAACUAAAGAAUUGUUAUUGUGUAUCUGAUUAAAUGCAAAAAUGGUAAAAAGGUGGGAAAAUGGAGUUUUAAUUCACUAUUUUAAAAAAAAUUAAGGUUCUUUUAAUUAAACAUUCAAGUGAAAUUACAUGAUCUUUACCAUCAAUUAUUCACUCCUUUUGCUAUUUAUUGAAUGUUUAUGUAUGUCAACCAGCUUUCUUUUCAUUUUCCGUGGAUGUUUACACUAGUUUUGUACGAGUUAAGAGCUAUAUUGUGUGCCAAGGAUGUGAAAAAGGGAACAUGCAAAUGUUACAAAGUAUUUAUGUGACCGAAUAAAUUAUUUUAAAACUGUA